UCCACGCACUGAAUAAUAUUUUACAAGGAUAUGUUUACGACGAACAAACCACGUGGUAAGACAUUGUCUUCAGGCAUUCUUACAGGACACCUACUCGCCUGUCCUCAGGCCGGUUCAGGACCCCAGGAUGUCUAUGCUUGCGGAGCCCCGGAGGAAACAGAAGUGGUCCGUUGACCCCAGGAACAGCGCCUGGAGCAAUGACGACUCCAAAUUUGGCCAGAAGAUGCUGGAGCGAAUGGGCUGGUCCAAGGGCAAGGGCCUGGGAAGAACCGAGCAAGGGUCCACCGACCAUAUCAAAGUAAAAGUGAAGAACGACAGCUAUGGGCUUGGAACCAAUGCCAAGCAUGAGGACAACUGGAUCGCCCACCAAGAUGACUUCAAUGAGCUGCUUGCCCAGCUGAACAACUGCCAUGGUCAAAAUAAUAGCAAUGAUCCUCCACCAGAUGAGCCGAAAGGCUUCAGCUUGGAAGAGAAAUCCAAGACCUCCAAAAAGAGGGUCCAUUACAUGAAGUUUACUAAAGGAAAGGACCUGUCCUCCCGUAGUGAAACAGACCUUAAUUGCAUCUUUGGAAAGAGAGCAAGAUCUGCCAAAGAACAAGAGCAGGAGAGCAACAGCAGUGAUUCUCAGGCUGAGGCGGAGGAGAUCGUGACCCCUGCUGCUUCUGAACUGGACACGGAAACCAUCACUAACACUGUGACGAGCACUCUCACCAUGCAGGAGUACUUUGCGCAGCGAAUGGCUCAGCUGAAGAAGGCCCGGGGACAGGCCCAGAGUGAGACAUCCGGGGUGGAGGCGGAGACCAAGGAGACGUCGAGUCCAUCCGAGGAGCCCAGUCCCAUCCGCAGUAGCAACAAUGUUAUGGAGGAGGAACCCAAGAAGAAGAAGAAGAAGAAGAAAAGGGCUGCGGAUGAGUUGGAAGUGGUAGAAGACAACUGUAGUGCUCCCAUUGUUGUGGACGACGACGAGAACCAGGAGCAGGAACGUUCAAAGAAAAAGAAGAAAAAGAGGAAAAUGGCAGAAAACGAAGAGCAGAACUGUGAGGAGCUGCCUCCUUCCAAAAAGAAAAAGCAAAAGGAAACCAAACUACUAAAUGGACAUGAGCCAACUGAGGAUCAAACUGUAGAAUCAGAGGUUGUACAGAAAAAGAAAAAGAAACACAGAGUGGAGGUGGUUAAUGUCGUCGAGGAUGAGGAGGAGGAGGUGGUGGUGAAGAAAUCCAAGAAGGACAAGAAAAAGAAGAAGAAACAUCAAGAGUAGGGUGGAGACAGGGAGUGUUCAGGGGGACUUGUGCCAUUAUCCUGGAGCCUCAAACAUAUUGAAAAAUGCCUUUUUAUGAGCUAAUGAACCUAAUUACUCUGCACUUGUUGCCGUAAGAAGAGAUGUGGUUUAAUGUUUGAUCAAGCUGCCCUGUUAGAGCCGCAAAGUUGUACUGGUGGAAACUGGGAUAUACACCAUUGAUCUCGGUCAACACCGGGACAAGAAUUACAAAGAGAAGUCGGCCUCUAAACCUUGAUGUAUUCUUUGAAUCCGUCUAACGAGUCUAUUGCUUUUUGUGUGACUGCCUCGACAAUGUCUAAAGUGUAUAAAUACAGAAGCUGACAAACUAUUAUUAAAAAAAUCUUUAAAAUAAUUAGAUGAAAACACUGUUCUACCAACUGGUUUAGAACAUUGUUUUCCCAAUCUUUAUAAUUUUUACAAAUGCCCUAAUUUUGCUUUUUUUCUCCAUCGUAUUUUCAUGCCACCAGUUUUUUUGACAUCAGAAUUUAAAAUGAAACUCGAUUGUUCAAUAAUUCAAGUGAGACGGAGACAGUUGUCAGUUUUGUUAAAAACAACAGAAGUACACAGGAAUGAGUUGUCUUUUUGUUGUUAUAUGAACAGACGUAAUUUGAUGGGGUUUUGCCCUCUCACUCUCUCACCUUUUUAAAUAAAUCCAAAUGGUUUUGCA